AUGUCUCUCUCUCUUCCAUUUGUCCAACACCUUCGAGGAAAACGUGUUGUACUUGCUUCAGGAAGCAAACGCCGUAAAGAGAUAUUAUCAGCUGUACUGGGGCUGAAGCAUGAGGUGGUACCAAGCACUUUCCCUGAGACUCUAGAUAAAUCAAAGUAUUCCCCGAAAGACUACGUUCUCGCAAAUGCGAGGGAAAAAGGAAUGGAAGUCUACACUCGCUUAAACUUUGAUGCCGAUCUUAUCAUAUCAGCUGAUACUGUUGUCUGUUUAGAUGAAGAGAUAUUGGAGAAACCAAGAGAUCCUGAUCACGCAUUCGAGAUGCUGUCCAAGUUAAACGGGAACAAGCACUACGUUUAUACUGGGAUAAGUCUGAUAUAUAAAAAGAGUAAUUCAUCGGAUCCAAUAGUUCUUUCGUUUGUGGACGAGACAGAAGUUAUAUUUCGGAAGAACAGCGAGGAAAUGAUCAGAGCUUACAUUGACACUGGAGAUCCAUUUGACAAGGCUGGAGGAUACGGAUACCAAGGGAUAGCUUCAGUAUUUGUUGAAAAGAUUAAUGGGUGCUAUUACAACGUUGUUGGGCUUCCCUCAUCACUAUUUGUUAAACUCGAAGAGUUGUAG